GCUCGGUUCAGCCUGACUUUUGUUUCGGGGAGUUGGGACGAGCUGCACGGGCGUAAUUGUAAUUACGCCGCCCUUCCUGCGUGGACAUCUCGCUCCGGCCGCCCAGGGAAAAGCGAGCUUAAUGGACUCUGGAAGGGGUGGUGGUAGGUGGAAUCUGCAGCACGUGAAGAGUUGCCGGUUGUUUAUGAGAUUAAAAAAAAAAAAACCAAAACCCAAAUUUGUAAUGGCUGAAGGGUAAAGUCUUGAACAUUAAGAACGCUGAGUUAAUAAUACUGAUUCCGAAGAGGCAGACAGUUUAGUUUCGUGGAAAUGGAGCAAAUUCCGAAGCUACCUGUUUUCCACUCUUCUGUUUCCCCUCCAACUCCUUCCUUGCAGGAUAGAGAAAGAGCCGGGUAAUCUUUCGCGGUGGAAUGAUUACAUAAUUGGAGGAGAGGCCGGUCAUCCUAUGAUGAGGCUUUUGCUAUGGCUAAUGACCCCUUGGAAGGCUUCCAUGAAGUAAACCUUGCCUCACCUACUUCUCCGGACCUCCUUGGUGUGUAUGAACCGGGAACUCAGGAGCAGACUACCUCACCCAGUGUUAUCUACCGGCCCCACCCCUCAGCGCUAUGCCCCGCCCCUAUCCAGGCCAACACCUUAGAUGUUUCCGACCUGCCUACGCAACCUGUCUAUUCAUCCCCGAGACGUUUAAAUUGUGCUGAAAUAUCCGGUAUCAGCAUCCAUGUUACAGACCCAGCACCUUGUUCUACCUCUGGAGUCACAGCUGGGUUAACGAAAUUUACCACCAGAAAGGACAACUGUAAGGCAGAGAGGGAGUUUUUACAGGGUGCUACGGUAACCGAGGCUUGUGAGAGCAGUGAUGAUAUCUUUGGGCUGAGUACUGAUAGUCUGUCCCGCUUACGAAGCCCAUCUGUUUUGGAAGUCCGAGAAAAGGGCUACGAAAGAUUAAAAGAAGAACUUGCAAAAGCUCAGAGGGAACUGAAGUUAAAAGAUGAAGAGUGUGAGAGGCUUUCUAAAGUACGAGAUCAACUUGGACAGGAAUUGGAGGAACUCACAGCUAGUCUGUUUGAGGAAGCUCAUAAGAUGGUGAGAGAAGCAAAUGUCAAGCAGGCAACAGCAGAAAAACAGCUAAAAGAAGCACAAGGAAAAAUUGAUGUCCUUCAAGCCGAAGUAGCUGCAUUGAAGACGCUUGUAUUGUCCACUUCUCCAACAUCACCUACGCAGGAGCCUCUGCCGGGCGGAAAGGCACACUUUAAAAAGGGGCAUACGAGGAAUAAAAGUACGAGCAGCGCCAUGAGUGGCAGCCACCAGGACCUCAGUGUGAUUCAGCCAAUUGUAAAGGACUGCAAAGAGGCUGACUUAUCUCUGUAUAAUGAAUUCAGAUCUUGGAAGGAUGAGCCCACAAUGGACAGAACAUGUCCUUUCUUAGACAAAAUCUAUCAGGAAGAUAUCUUUCCGUGUUUAACCUUCUCAAAAAGUGAGUUGGCUUCAGCUGUUCUGGAGGCUGUGGAAAACAACACUCUAAGCAUCGAACCAGUGGGGUUACAACCUAUUCGAUUUGUGAAGGCAUCUGCAGUCGAAUGUGGAGGACCAAAAAAAUGUGCUCUCACAGGUCAGAGUAAGUCCUGUAAACACAGAAUUAAAUUAGGGGACUCAAGCAACUAUUAUUAUAUUUCUCCUUUUUGCAGAUACAGGAUCACUUCUGUAUGUAACUUUUUCACAUACAUUCGAUAUAUUCAGCAGGGACUCGUGAAACAGCAGGAUGUUGAUCAGAUGUUCUGGGAAGUGAUGCAGUUGAGAAAAGAGAUGUCAUUGGCAAAGCUGGGAUAUUUCAAAGAAGAACUCUGAUGCUCUGCCUGGGACCGUGCAUGAACCUCCCUGAAUACCUGGAAAACGGCUGGAUAUUUUUAUGGUUACCUGAUAUUUAUUUCCAAGGAGUGGGUCCAAGACUUUUUCCCUCUUUUGCAAAUUACACUAAGAAGUACUGUGAUUUCUUUUAAACUGACCUAUGCUGUGUUUGCUUAUUCUUUAGUAGAACACAUUAUAAAGAAUUACAGGUGUACUAGUGAUUGUAAUUUAUAGUUGCAAAAAAAGCUAAAUAAAUAAAUGUUAGGUUGA